CCAUUUUCCCUCUCUAAAACCCAAAACAAGCAUAAAACCUCAACGGCCUAGAUUCUCCCGACCCCGAGAUCCCCGCCCGAAAAUCCAGCUCCGAUUAUUCCCCUGGCUUUCUUCUCCUGAUUAUGAUUUACUUUUUCGGGUUUUAAAUUAGGGAUCCGAAUGGCUUUGUCGGAUCGGGCGGUCAAAUCCGAGUCUCCAACCUUCAUUAUUAUCAUUAUUACCAUAAAGCCCGAGUCUUUCUGUUUCUGAUUGGAUUCGAUUCUAGGUUUUCGAAGAAUUAGGGAUUCGAAUUUCGGGAAGAAUGAGCGUGACCAAGUCUCAGGUGUGGCAGCCGUGCAAGAAGAAGAGGUCGAUUCUCUGAUCGGAGAUUUCUAGAGAGAGAAAGUGCGGGGAGGGUUGUGUAGAGAGAGAGAGAGAGGAAGGGGGGCUUUUGGCGAUGGCGGCGAGGGCGGCGGGCGUUGGGAGUCGGACUCGGGUCGGGAGGUACGAUCUGGGUCGGACCCUAGGGGAGGGCAAUUUCGCCAAGGUCAAAUUUGCGAGGAACGUCGAGACUGGUGAGAAUUUCGCUAUUAAGAUUCUGGAUAAAGAGAAGGUGCUCAAGCACAAGAUGAUCGGCCAGAUCAAACGAGAAAUAUCAACGAUGAAGUUAAUUAGACAUCCCAAUGUAAUCCGUAUGUAUGAGGUGAUGGCUAGCAAGACAAAAAUAUACAUCGUUUUGGAGUUUGUGACUGGUGGGGAACUAUUUGACAAAAUUGCAAGUAAAGGAAGAUUGAAAGAAGACGAAGCAAGGAAGUAUUUUCAGCAGCUUAUAAAUGCAGUGGAUUACUGUCAUAGCAGAGGUGUUUUCCAUAGAGACCUGAAGCCAGAGAAUUUGCUGCUGGAUGUCAAUGGAGUGCUUAAAGUUUCAGAUUUUGGGCUCAGUGCGCUGCCUCAGCAAGUUCGAGAAGAUGGCUUACUUCACACAACAUGUGGGACACCAAAUUAUGUUGCCCCUGAGGUCAUCAACAACAAAGGGUAUGAUGGAGCGAAGGCAGAUCUAUGGUCUUGUGGCGUUAUUCUUUAUGUCUUGAUGGCUGGCUAUUUGCCUUUUGAAGAUUCCAAUCUCAUGGCAUUAUAUAAAAAGAUAUUCAAGGCUGAGUUCUCGUGUCCUCCAUGGUUCUCCUCAAGUGCAAAGAAGCUAAUUAAGAGAAUCUUGGACCCUAACCCCUUGACACGAAUUACAUUUGCUGAGGUCAUCGAGAAUGAGUGGUUCAAGAAAGGGUAUAAACCACCUAGUUUUGAACAAGUUGAUGUUAGUCUCGAUGAUGUGGAUGCAAUAUUCAAUGAUCCUGGGGAUUCUCAGAACUUUGUAGUUGAGAAGCGAGAGGAACGACACGUGCCCGUUACCAUGAAUGCCUUUGAGCUUAUCUCUACAUCUCAGGGCCUGAAUCUUAAUAGUCUUUUUGAGAAACAGAUGGAACUUGUUAAACGAGAAACAAGAUUCACAUCCAAACGUCCUGCUAAUGAGAUUAUUUCUAAAAUUGAGGAAGCUGCAGCACCUUUGGGUUUUGGUGUGAAGAAAAAUAAUUUUAAGUUGAAGCUUCAAGGUGAAAAAACUGGUCGUAAAGGUCAUCUAUCUGUUGCAACAGAGAUUUUUGAGGUGGCCCCUUCACUCUACAUGGUUGAAGUCCGCAAGUCAGGGGGAGACACCCUGGAAUUUCACAAUUUCUAUAAGAACCUUUCAACGGGGCUGAAGGAUAUUGUCUGGAAGUCAGGAGAUGAUGCAAGGAAGGAGGCAGAAUUUGGUUCCGCUUCUAGUUCUGGUACUGCCGCUGGUGCUGGUGCUGUGUCAUCUACAUGAUUGGUUUUCUCUGCAGAUCAUAUAUGGGAUUUUUUGUUGUUGUUUCCGAAAAGGUCGUGGAAUGUUGAUCAUAUAAGUUGUAAGCGCAAAUGAGUUUGGGUGUUUCCUUCGAGUGACAUUAUUGUCAUUCUGAAAACGAUUUUAUAAGACUGUGUGCCUUUUGGGUUGGGGAUUUAAUGUAUAUACUUCCAUUGAGA